AUGGCAGCAGCUUUGUUAUUGUUUCUGCUUUCAUAUAUUUUACAUCCUCAAACGCAGGUUCUUGCAUUGGCCACCUCAUCUGAUCAUGAUUUUCGUUACAUGAAAUCUGUAGGUAAUGCAACAGCUGUACCAUUAGAAGACGAAUAUGACUAUAUAAUAGUAGGAGGAGGCACAGCAGGGUGUCCAUUAGCUGCAACUUUAUCAAGAAAAUACUCUGUUCUUGUCCUUGAAAGGGGCAGCGCCCCUGUUUCAUAUCCACAGGUUCUGACUGCAAAAGGCUCAGGGGCUAAUCUCCUGCAGGAAGACGAUGGAAAAACCCCUGCUCAGAGGUUCGUUUCAGAAGAUGGAGUUCCAAAUGUAAGAGGAAGGAUCCUAGGUGGCACCAGCAUGAUCAAUGGGGGAUUCUUCUCCAGAGCCAAUAACCAAUUCUACAACGAAUCAGGCAUUGACUGGGACAUGGGUGCGGUCGAGAAAGCAUAUAAGUGGGUGGAAGAUAUUAUUGUGUUCCGCUCCAAUUUGUCUUCUUUUCAAUCUAUUUUUAGAGAAGCUCUACUUGAAGCAGGAGUUGGUCCUGACAAUGGAUUCACUUUGCAACACUUGGUAGGGACUAAAAUUUCGGGUUCAACUUACGAUGACCAAGGAAGGAGACAUGGAGCUGUGGAGCUUCUCAACAAAGGAGUGCUGAAGAAUCUGAGAGUUGCAGUUGAGGCCUAUGUGGAAAAAAUCAUAUUCUCUUCUAAUGCAUCACGUUUGUCUGCAACUGGAGUCAUAUACACUGAUUCUAAAGGGAAGACUCAUCGAGCAUUAAUAAGAGAUAAAGGAGAGGUGAUAUUGAGUGCAGGGGCGAUUGGUAGCCCGCAACUUCUACUUCUCAGUGGAGUUGGACCUGUUAAUCAUCUUUCUUCUCUGCAUAUUCCGGUUGUUCACUCAAAUCCUGAUGUGGGAAAUUUCAUGGCAGACAAUCCUCGUAAUAUGAUCAACAUUGUAUCCCCAUUUGCAUUGGACCCAUCAUCAGUACAGGUUGUAGGAAUCACCAGUGACUUCAAUAGCAUGGAGGCCUUCUCCUACACUUUUCCAUUUUCUUUCCCUCAACCUUUUGGCCUUUUUCCAAAUUCCACUUCUCCCUUGGAAUUUAGUUUGGCAACCAUUGUUGAGAAGUUCUCGGGACCUCAGUCCACCGGUUCACUCCGGUUGUUGUCGUCCGCUGAUGUGAAAGUUAGUCCAGCUGUCCGGUUCAACUACUUUUCUGAAACGGUGGACAUUGCUCGUUGUGUUAAAGGAAUGAGGAGGGUUGGUGAUUUGCUGAAGACAGAGUCCCUUGAACAACUAAAGUUUCGAGAUUUGGAGGGUGCAGAGGGUUUCAAGUUUCUUGGACCAUCUUUGCCGAAGAACCAAUCUGAUGAUGCAUCAAUGGAGACGUUUUGUCGGAGCACAGUGAGAUCCUUCUGGCAUUACCAUGGUGGUUGCUUGGUGGGAAAGGUUGUGGAUGGUGAUUACAGGGUGAAGGGGACAAAUUCGCUUCGUGUGGUAGAUGUAUCCACAUUCGAUGCGUCACCAGGGACCAAUCCCCAGGCUACCCUUAUGAUGAUAGGCCGGUACAUUGGGCUUAAGAUUCUGAAGGAAAGAAGAGUGGUAAAGUAGAUAGAUAUAUACAACACUGUGAUCAUCUUGUUUUCCAUUUACCUGCAGAGAAUUCGAAAAUGUCAAAUAAAUCGAGAAAUAGUAAAUUUACCACAUUUCCAUAUGUAAUGGGAUGCUUUGUAAUUCCUUGUUGUACGUACAUUUAAUUGAUAUACAAGGCUAGGCUGUGCUCUGCUUCACUGUGCUUCAAGCUCUUUGUCAGAAUUACACUAUUUGA